UGCAUGGAGUUCACGUGGAUUCCCCUCACGAGGUGAAAAAACGGAGCAUCAGUCAGCCACUGAGAAUCCUCUUAUCAUACGACGACAGUGUCUACAGAUUGGACGCCGAGAAGUUCGAGCUCAUCAACAAUACAAUUCUCCCCGAGGCAGUUCACUUCUGGGAGCGAGCGCUGAUGGUCCGCGAGACAAAAAAUACUAUAAGGCUGAAUAGGAAAUGUGAGAGCAGUCAAGUAUUUGUCAAGGAGCAUCAUACAUUCUGUAUUGACACGUGUCGACCUACUACUAUGUGCGGUGAAGUUAUAGUACCUGAGUCACACCUUGACGUUUGCCGCACGUGCAAUGCAACUGGUCACAAGUGCGGUGUCCAAAAGGGUAGUGUAGCUGGUGCGGGUAUAGAUGGUGCAGAUUUUGUGUUUUACGUAUCGGCUUUGCAGUCAGAAAGAUGUCACAACGGGCUAACCGUGGCUUAUGCUGCCCAUUGCCAGCAGGAAGCCGCACUCGAUAGACCAAUCGCGGGUCACGCAAACCUAUGUCCUGGUAGUAUCAGUACGAAGCCGCAGGAGUUGGAUACAUUGCUGAGUACAGUGAAACACGAAAUACUCCAUGCACUGGGAUUUUCAGUGAGCCUCUAUGCAUUUUACCGGGAUGAGAAUGGAGAGCCUCGUACACCUAGGCGCAGCGAAACUGGAAAGCCACCGCUCAAUGAGAAACUUCAAACGCAUCAAUGGAGCGAGAGUACAAUAAAAACAGUAGUAAGACCUCAGUGGCAGGUGCGCGGAGGUACCGUUGAAAGAUCAAUGCAAAUGAUGGUAACACCACGAGUUAAAGAGGAAGCUCGUGCACACUUCGAGUGUCCUCAUCUAGAAGGAGCUGAGCUAGAGGAUCAGGGUGAGGAUGGUACGGCCCUUACCCACUGGGAGAAGAGGGUAUUCGAGAACGAAGCUAUGACGGGUACUCAUACCCAAAAUCCAGUUUAUUCACGAAUAACUUUGGCACUAAUGGAGGACACUGGAUGGUACAGCGCUAAUUAUUCAAUGGCCCAGGAGCUCAGCUGGGGACGAAAAUUGGGCUGUGAAUUCGCCAUGAAAUCCUGCAAGGAGUGGAUGUCGUUGAGAACCGCCAGGCACUCGGGCAAAUCGAUCUAUCCCUUCUGCAACAAAGUGAAACACGAUCCUCUGCACACAGUGUGCACAGACGAUAGAAGCUCCGUAGCACUCUGCAAUUUAGUCAAUCAUUCUCAACCUCUUCCAAAAAAAUACCAGAAUUUCGACCAAAUACCUCAUGUAACACCAGGCACGGAGGAAUCAUACGGUGGCUCUGUUAAUUUGGCGGAUUACUGUCCCUUUAUUCAAGAAUUCGCGUGGAAGGCAGACGAAAUUGUCGUCAGGGGAUCUCACUGCCUCUACGAUGAAAAUAAUCCACACCCUGAGAAGAAUUUUGCUCUGGAACAUUACGGACGACAUUCCAAAUGUUUCGAGCACACGAAUGACAUGUGGGAGGAGAGAACGUGCAAGCAGGCGAGACAGUGGCAGCACUGGGGAUCUGGGUGUUAUCGAUAUAAAUGCGAAGGGGGAAGGUUGCACAUACUGGUGGCAAAUCAUACGUACACGUGUUAUCAUGCUGGUCAAGAGCUUGUGAUAAGGAUUAUUCAGAGUGGCUGGCUCCACAAAGGGGCUAUUAUCUGUCCUCCGUGCCGGGACAUUUGUCAAGCUGAGCUUCAGGCGAAGGGUGAGUGGUGUAAGCCAGGGGAUGAGCAUCCUCCACCCACAUUUUAUCACAGAGACGUUUUGGGCUGUGGCUGUAACUCCCUUUCAGUCUCUUGUAUAGGAAUAUUUAUUAUCAUCUCUGCUGGACUCAUCACCAGAUGAUCUGGCAAUGACAUUUAGUUUUUAUACCUUUCACGCGUCGUGACGCAUGUGAGAAUGGACAUCUGUCACUUUGGGUUUUAUUUAUCCACUGGUGGCACUCGAACUUGGGGUAUUAGUUCAAUUGUAUUUCCAUUCGUCUGAAAUUUCAGGGGAACGGAUCAUUCCCAGGAUUUUUUUGCGAAAGGAAAAUUUUGGAAAAUCUCUGCAGCUCUGAAAUUCUCGCGAAUUGUAUUAUUGCAUUAUCUCAUGAAUUGUACAGACUUUCGUGGGAAUGAAGUACUCAGCGUUUUAUUUAAAUGAUAUAUUCGUUUGUCGGUUGAGAAAAUUAUCUAUCCCUCUCACUCCGAGGGGAUUAUUGUACAUAAGUAAUUUUCAUAAUUUCAAUUGACAUUCCUCGUGAUUUAUUUUUUAUCAAUAUCAUUUAUUCAAUAUCAUAUCAUCGAUUAUUCUUCGUGGUGAUACCGUGAGCAAGUGUAAUUGCAGAAUUAUUAUUUCUCAAUUGACUCAAAUGGAUGAAUUUAAAUCAUAUAUCAGAAUUAAUUACAAUGUAAAUUAUUAUAAUGAGAGGUAGAGCAGUGAUGAAACGUCAUCUGAUGUCCUCGAGUCAUCGGAGUACAAGUGAUUUCUAUUCUUAAAUCAAUAAUGUUGAAACCCUAGUGAUAAUAAUGAACAAAAAUUAUGUAAAUAGUUUAUCAAGAAAAACUCCAGACAUGACACAAUUGGUAUUCAUUAUUUAUUAUUGAUCUGAAAAUGUUGACCAGAAUGAAUUAGAAUUUUUAAACAAAGGGAGACUAUGAAUUUAUUAAUUAUCAAUAAGUUUCAGCUUGUCCACAAUUUUUUAUCAUUUCAUCCGUCACUCAUUACUUUCUGUAAAUAGUCAAUCAAAAGAAAAACAUUAGUAUUUGUUACUCAAAUCAAAUUCAAGUUAAAAAUUAAUCUACUUAGCGAAUGUGAAACUGAAUGUGAAGGAAGUGACAUAAUGAAAAUUAGCAAAUUGGUUUUAUCGGUGGACGAAUUAUAUCUCUACAUCACAGAGAGAUAGCAAAAUUGUGCAAAAAACUUGUUAUGAGUACGAGACGGUAGUCGGAAGAGAAGAAGAGAGCAGAAGGAACCGAAAUAUAAGAAAUGAAAAAGUGAGACGCGUGAUCUUAUGUAUUUUGUUAUCUCUCGUAGAUCCAAAGAUAUUACUCACAACAACUCGAGUUGUUAUUCAUCUGUUGAGUACAGAGGAGAAUUCACGAUUAAAAUAUCACCUCGAGUGAUGGGUUUUCUGGAAAAACGUCAGGAGUAUAACCGACAGUCGAAACAAUUUUCCGUUAGCACGCGCAAAAUCUACAUUCCAUUAAAAUUCAAGGAAGCGUGUUGUGCCAUCUUCAUAGAAUUUUUUAAACUUUAAUAAACAGGAUGAGAUGUAUAAAUUCCGCGCAUACACGUCGAAUGUUAAGACGUUUUUUACCAAACGAACAAAUGUAAACAGUUUAAAUAAAUAAAAUACGAGUAAGAGAA